UUCUUUUCCUGCUAACCCUUGCCUCUACUAUAUACUGUGUAAGUACUGUUGUUUAACUUCACAAACCAGAAAGCAUUCUGUCUCUGAAAGAAAUUCAAAACACUGGGGGGGAAGUUCAGUAAAAAUAAAAUUCCUUCGUGACUGUUAAAGUCAAACACACAUACAAACAGCUACUGUUAAUAACUGGUGAAGGACAAAACAGCCUGGUUGAAGAACUCUCUCCUGUACUGCAGAAAGAGAUAUUUUCCUGUUAUAGUAUGGAAAGCUCCAAGGACUUAAUCUAGCUGCUGUAGUGAAUAACAACAAAAAGAUUAACUUCAUGCAUUUUAUGAGCAGUGAUAUACUUCAAGGACAAAUGACAACUCAGGAAUUACAGAGGAACCUAAUUUUAGUCCAAAUGAAAUUGAAGAGCUUGUACAAAUGAUUACCAGGCACCACUGACUCAUGUUUGAAGCUGGCUCACUGAAAGGAGAUUUCACAAAUAAGCAAAGGCUAUAUUCAGCAAAUUAACUAGGAAAGAUUUUAGUUGUUCCUAGGGAUCUUAAACAAUCUGUUAACUCCUCAAAGACCUGAAAGGUAUUCAGAAGUUAGAGUAAUUCCUUGCCCUGUGGACUUCCAAUCAGAUAUACUUUCAACGGGAUUUCUAGAACUAUCUGGCAGAACCAAAUCAGCCACUUAAUUUGAGAAAUUCUCCCUUAGGAAAGAGGCAAAAAUGGGGCAGCUUUGUAAAAGAUUGAAAUGGUUUACCUAGGAUCUAAAAGUGUAAAGGGCAGAAAGUUGAUAUACAGCCUGCAUUUUAAUUAGUGAAUUUAUAAUUGAUAUAUGUAAGAAAUUCCGCUUGUGUCAUGGAGAGAAUAAAGUGAUCUCUGGCAAAGAUGGAAAUAAAAAUCAUAUUUCAGUGUCCAGCCACAAGAAGAUAGAAAAGAUACUACCAACACAACACUUGGAAAAUCUCUUGACUGGAAUUCUGAGUCUGAAGUCUAUGCAACUCAACUUUGCUAAUUUCUGUGACAGUUAAAAAAUAUAUGUCAAUUCUGAUGCUCAGUUUGGCAUUUUAAUAUAUUUCGUAAUGAUAAUACAAAAUUUUUGUAAAUAAAUUCUAAAACUUUAAAUGGGGAUGUAUAUCAAAGUCUUAUUCAAAAGAAAGGAGGAAAAGGAUUAGUUCAGAUCAGGACCGAUUUGAUAUAGAAUUUGUUUGUUUUGUUCUCUUCUUCAGCAAAGAUAUAUAUGUAGGUUGCUCCAAAAGUAGUGCCUCUCAUUUAUUUCCACAACGAAACACGACAAAUAUAAAGAGAACAAUAAUACUAUUUGACAGAACAAAUUCUUAGCUACAAAACACUCUUUUUCAACAUAGUCACCACCACUAGCUACACAUUUUGGCCAGCAAGAAACAAGAGGACUGCACACAGUACUCAUAAAAAUUUGCACCAGCAGAGGUGACACACUGUUGCUAUCACUACUGCUGAACUGCAGUACCCACCACCUCACUGUGCUCACUGUCUGAUCUUCAUCACACAUUAGGAGGAGGAGGUUGAUGAGGCCUUCCACAAACAGUUGGAAGCAGCGUCACGAUCCCAGGCGCUGGUGCUUAUGGGGGACUUCAAUUAUCCAGAUAUUUGCUGGAAAAGCAAUGUGGCCAGGCAUGCGCGGUCCAGACGGUUCCUGCAAUGUGUUGAAGACAACAUGCAUGUUGUCUUCAAUGUUGUUGUCACAUGAAUGCAGGUGGUUGAGGAAUCGAUGAGGAGAGGGGUACUGCUGGACCUUAUUCUCACCAAUAGAGAAGGGCUUGUCAGGGAAGUAAAGGUCAGGGGCAGCUUGGGUUGUAGUGACCACGAGAUGGUGGAGUUCAAGAUCCUGAGUGGAAGAAGUAAAGCAAAAAGUAGGAUUGCUAUCCUGGACUUUAGGAGAGCCAACUUCGAUCUCUUUCGGGACCUACUUGGAGCUGUCUCAUGGGCUAGGGUGUUGGAAGGCAAGGGGGCCUGUGAGAGCUGGUCGGCAUUUAAGCAGCUCUUCUUCCAAGCUCAGGAUCGGUGCGUCCCUGUGAGGAAGAAAUCGGGAAAGGGUGGCAGGAGACCUGUGUGGAUGAGCAAGGAGCUUGUGUGCAAACUCAAAGGAAAGAAGAAGGCCCAUGAAAUGUGGAAAAAGGGUCUGACUACUUGGGAAGAAUACAGGAAUGUUGUCAGGGCCUGCAGGGAUGCGACAAGGAAGGCUAAAGCCCGCCUGGAAUUAAAUCUGGCAAAGGGGAUAAAGGAUAAUAAAAAAGUUUUUUUCAAGUACAUUAACAGUAAAAGGAAGACUAGGGAGAAUGUGGCUCCCCUGCUAAGUGACGGGGGUGUUCUGGUAACGGGGGAUGCUGAGAAGGCGGAGAUACUGAAUGCCUUCUUUGCUUCUGUCUUCAGUGAAAAAGCUCCUGCUCAGGAAUCCGAGACCCUGGAGGUUAGUGAGAAGAUCUGGGGAAUGGAAGACCUCCCUUCAGUCAGGGAAGAGGUGGUCCAGGAGCGCCUAGGCAACACCAAUGUUCACAGAUCCAUGGGACCCGAUGGGAUUCAUCCACGGGUGCUGAGGGAGCUGGCAGAGAUGAUUGCUGAACCGCUGUCAUCUUUGAGAGGUCUUGGAGGACAGGGGAGGUGCCUGAAGACUGGAAGAUAGCCAACGUCACCCCAGUCUU